UUUUUCAUUGCAGACGUUUUUACCAGCCUGGAUCUAAGCCGUGUCUUUGCUGUUCUUAAAAAGUCUUUGCAAGUCAUGCUUCAGUUUGUGGAGGAAUCGACGCAACCGCUGGACGCUUCGAAGACUCUCAAUUCAGCAUAUCAAAAGCUUGUUCAGGUCUCAGGAGCUCUUUAUUGUAUGUCAGAUUUAAUCCAAAUCCCAAUGGAUUUGUGGCAGUUCUCCAUAUUUUUGGUCUCCAUCCCUUGGUUAUCGAAAGGAGAUUCUUCGUGGAAUGACCUGCCUCACAAGUUUGGCCUGUCUGUCGACGCACUGGCCAGAUUUGGCCUAAGACUUGGUCCUUUAAUCACCAAAGAAAACAUGGAUAUGUGUCUUCACUUACUUGCAGUUUUUCCAUCAGAUGCUGCGCCCACAUGGAGAACUCAAGUAUUUCUCUUAGUCUUGGUAAUACACUUACGUACUAAUACCUUUAACACGAGGCACAGGACGUUCAUCCAAUAUCUAGACAUCAAAAAGUGGUUGCCCUGUGUAAGGUAAUCCAAGACAGUCUUAGAUUCUGGAUUCCACGAUGUGUAUUUCGGAUUCCAGGCACAAGAUUCCACAUUUCUUGUUUCCGAUUUCAAUAAUUAGCGGGAUUCCGGAUUCCUUGAGCUGAAUUUUCGAUUCCAUCCCGGAUAUAUGGAUCCACUGGUAAAAUUUUUCCCGAAUUCCGGAAACAGAGGAUAGCCUUACAUGGGGCAAAAGUAACUUAAGAAAAUGNCAUUGCAGACGUUUUUACCAGCCUGGAUCUAAGCCGUGUCUUUGCUGUUCUUAAAAAGUCUUUGCAAGUCAUGCUUCAGUUUGUGGAGGAAUCGACGCAACCGCUGGACGCUUCGAAGACUCUCAAUUCAGCAUAUCAAAAGCUUGUUCAGGUCUCAGGAGCUCUUUAUUGUAUGUCAGAUUUAAUCCAAAUCCCAAUGGAUUUGUGGCAGUUCUCCAUAUUUUUGGUCUCCAUCCCUUGGUUAUCGAAAGGAGAUUCUUCGUGGAAUGACCUGCCUCACAAGUUUGGCCUGUCUGUCGACGCACUGGCCAGAUUUGGCCUAAGACUUGGUCCUUUAAUCACCAAAGAAAACAUGGAUAUGUGUCUUCACUUACUUGCAGUUUUUCCAUCAGAUGCUGCGCCCACAUGGAGAACUCAAGUAUUUCUCUUAGUCUUGGUAAUACACUUACGUACUAAUACCUUUAACACGAGGCACAGGACGUUCAUCCAAUAUCUAGACAUCAAAAAGUGGUUGCCCUGUGUAAGGUAAUCCAAGACAGUCUUAGAUUCUGGAUUCCACGAUGUGUAUUUCGGAUUCCAGGCACAAGAUUCCACAUUUCUUGUUUCCGAUUUCAAUAAUUAGCGGGAUUCCGGAUUCCUUGAGCUGAAUUUUCGAUUCCAUCCCGGAUAUAUGGAUCCACUGGUAAAAUUUUUCCCGAAUUCCGGAAACAGAGGAUAGCCUUACAUGGGGCAAAAGUAACUUAAGAAAAUGAGACUUGGUCGAGCUUUUGUGAGUUACUUUUAGGUGUCUGGAUAUCGGAUAUAAUAUAUCUUUUCAUGACCAACAAUUCGCGUAAUCUUAGGUUAGUAAGAUCUGAUUACCUAACCUCCGUCACCAGGACUCGUAAAAAACGCUUGAAAGCUCUCACAUUUUAACGUUUUGCUUGUCCGCCAGGGCCAUUGCUUGCUUGUCCUAGCUAAUGAUUUCGUCACCAGAUGACUUGCGUAGAACCCUGCGCAUUGGACAAGUAAGGUUAACAGUUACUUGCCCUGCAAGGAAAUCUACUUGUCCCGGACGACCAGACGGAACUUUUUGGAGCCCUGCGUCACUCUGGACGACUAUUCUCCUAGAGCGACUGCGCUGCCUGGUAUAAAUUAAACUUAAAAGGAGUGGACCUGAAAGUUUUUGUCGGACGCUUGAACCGCAACAGAGAGUUUAAGCUUCACGUAAACGGCAAACGGCAAACGUCAGAUUCAAGUUGAGAAUUUCUCAAAAUAGAAAAUGAGAUAAAAACGGUUCAAAACAUUUCUUACGGAUAAAAGAUUGCGUAAAACUAUUAAUUUAUGUGUAGAAAUAAUGAACAAUAAACGACAGGUAAGGGGACACUUGGUCACGUGGUACAAAUUCCCUUUUGCCGUUUGACGUCAUCGUGAAGCUUAACCUCUCUAACGACCGCACAUAACCGUGGGUGCUUACGAGGUGCUCUCAAAUUUUAAAGGCCAACCGGGUGGAUACCUUGUACAUGGUCAUAAAACUUUAAAAGUUUGACGUGGUCGGAGAACGACCUGCUACUAAUUCUAUCUAAAUCAGCUGAACGGACUAAAAAAGGUUGAAAAAUUUAAUUGCGUCGCCUCAAAUUACAGCACAUAAAUCAUUCUCUGAAGCUUCCCAAGCAGAAUGGCCCGAAGAAAUUUGUUUUUUCCAACCGAAAUUUCGGUAUUUUUCCAUGUAAUUGGUAACUACAGUCAAACACUGGUAAUAUGGACACUGAGGGGGCCAUAGAAAGUGACUGUAUUAACGGGGUGUUCGUAUAAGCGGGCUUUCUUUCCCCAGGGACAAUUCAAACUCCGUGAUGAGGGGUUCGUAAAGAGGGGUUAAUGUUUAGUUGUACCCUUGUUUCUCACAAGUCUGUCUCAUUCAUAUAACAGAAAGACGCUUCACCUGACAUUAAGACUUUGGCUUUGAAGUGGCUUCCCCUUCUUUUGUCUUCUCUCGGUUCCUUCUCAUUUCAUCUGAUGACUGACAUCCUUCCGGGAGUUAUGAGUGCUAGUGGUGCUAUUCAAGAGGAAAUUGCUAAAAUUAUUGGACCUUUAGCAUGCGUACUUACUGAUAAUACAGUGAUAAGGAAGAUGAAUAAUGACCUUUCUUUUGAUGACGCUGUCUGUAACAGUAUCACUUUCCUCUGCCCUGAUUGCGACUCAGAAAUCAUUAAGAAAAGAGGUAGCGUAUUUACUUUUGACUUGUACAUGUAUUGUAGAACUGUGCCAACUCGAGCUUGAAUAAGCGCGAUAAAGUUUGAGGAAGCGCGAAUUUACUUUGUAAGUGACGUUUCCGUAGCCGUCGCCGUCGCCGUCGCUGAAGCUCCCUAAUAACGCAUAGUAGUAGGAGUAGUUUUUCUAACUUGUGGUACUUUUAAUACUCCUAGAUGACAACGAUGACAACAAAUCACAUGCCAUAGUGAAUGCCUCCAUAUUCACCCCGUACCUACAACUUUUAGCACCCGAUGUGGGCUCUUCCAUCAAAUGUGCUUUCGUCAAGAGUAUGAAAAGAAUUUUUACUCACAUGACAUUUACUGCCGACUCUGCAGCUCAUAGUUCCAUUGUUAGUGCAACAUGUUUUGAUCUUAUCGAGGACCCGGAGUUUGAGGUCAGGAUGGCGUUUAGGUGAGAAGUGUUAGAAACGAAGUACGAAAUGGCUUUAAACAUUUGCGAAAUUUUUCCAGAAGAUUGGUUGUAUUGGUAGUAAGUGUGAGGUACGCAUUUUGUGCCACUCCCAUCCUCAUUACAAACGUCUGUAAAACCUUGCAACAUAGCGGGAAUAUAUCUUCAUUUCAAUAAAAAAAAAUGUCUCUCUCAUACUUGGCAGCUUUACCGAUUUUGAGGCGCUCUUUCCAGUAGUGUCAAUGGAUUUACAAAAGUUUAAAAGAGCGUGGAAGGCCUAUACGUCGAAAUUGGUCGUAUUUACUCAUGUGGGGAGUUGCUAAGAAAGUUGUAUGAGGACUAGACUAAAGGAAAGGCAACCUCUUUGUUCCCUUUUGAAAUAGAGUAUGCUCUUCAAAUUUAUAUUGUUAUCCUCAAAUACUAGAAGCCGCGUUUUCUUUUGAUGCAAAUGACGAUUUUUGAAAAUUCCACUUAGUAAAUAUAUAUUGUUUGCUCUUUGUACAGCACUGUAGCUCCUUAUAUAGUCAAGCCCGCAGGAUCAGAUUCAAACAAUAACAUGCAAAAAACUGUCAUUUCCAAGUUAAAGAAAGUGUUUGUUAAGGCCUCAUCGCAAGGAAACUGCAGCCUGCAGGAAACAGUUGUGUUAACAAUAGGACAAUUGGGAAGAAUUGCUGAGGGAGAAUUGCUAUUGGUUGUGAUUGUCAGCUUGCUGGAAAGUUUAACUGCGCACUCGCAACUCAUAAGGGCUGUUGCCUUCAAACAGGUAUGGCAAAGCCCGGAUGUUAUGACAUUUAUAUAAUAAUCUGACACAAUAGCAGUGUCGCCAAGUAGUUAAGGUUAGCUCUGGAAAUUGGUUAACUGCUAGCAAAACGAUUUACUUGCGCCCCCUCGCCAACUGCAGAACUUCAAUUAUAAGGCGGUUAUCGGAGAUUGUCUGACCAAACUUGGCCCAUGUCUGAAGAAAUCUUAACUGUGAUCGGAGAUGUUGUCUAGCCAAAGUUCAUAGUAAGUUUACGCAACAGGACGGCAGAAAGAAGAGGACGAAAAAACGUCUGUGUGUGACAUUCAAACGUGACACUUGGCGGUACUGAAUUAAGGUCCUUUACAAAAGAUCUGUUGAAAGGAAGGUGAAGUUUGGUGGAAAAUGUUUUUAAACGUAAUUUUUGUCACGCUUGUCGCAUAAGGUUUGCCGUCUUCUUUCGUCUGCCGUCCUAAUGCCUGUCAUAAAUUUUAAUACCAAGGACUAUUAUAUUGCGGAUGAGUACAAUCUACCUUGGGCACGUCAAUUAUCGUACGAACGAUACAGCAUGCAUUGCUUCGGUGAAGUUAUGGCAGUAACAUUAGCAAAAGUGGUUUGUACAAGUAUGUUUUCCCUAAAGAGGACCGACUGUUUUGUAUUUUAGGUCCAAGAGGUGGCUAAGUUCCAGAGGAAGACAUUGAAGGAUUUGUUCUCGAGAUUCAAGCAGCAGAUAUGCAAUUUUGUCGUAGACGCAGUUGAUGAUACACAGAGACAGAACCCUACUUCUAAAGUUUCCUUGGAUAUUGUGUCAGAGGUUGCCGUUGUGUUUGAAUUUAGGGAUUUUCAGUCGUUUUUGAAGGUAGAAAAUUACUUUCUUUCUGACGUUGUGAUAACUGAGUCCCAAUGACCACAGGAUACCCAGAUUCACAACAACCUACGGGAAGCCAAAUUAUACCUACUAAGUGAGAAACCCGCAAAGCAUUAAAACUUGCUAAAAUGGCUUUUAUAGGGCAGGAAAUAGUAAGAAAACAACACAGACACAACUCUUUUUGAGGUAUGUAUACUUUAAUAGCUGUUUAUGUCCAUUGCAACCGUUUUAUCGAUCUUACGAUAAAUUCCAAUACAAAUCCUUAUAAUGUGGCUGCCAUUAGGCUGUGGUGAAUCUGGGUACCCUGUGCAAUGACCCGUAGGGGUACUUUUCAUUUACAUGGAAAAACCGGAAAGUCCCGUUUGAAAAAUCAGUUGGCUCGCGCCGUUUCGUUUGGGAAGAUUGAGAAUUAGGGGGCAGUGAUUUGAGGCAAUGCAAUUUUCCGCUCUUCGAAGUCUGUUCAGCUGAUUUAUAUAUAUUUAUAGCAGGCCGUUUUGCCAACUGGUCAAAUUUUAUAGUUGUGUGUUUAAUGAAAAGAGCACAAGAUAUAUUUCCACGAGUGUCGUAAUGGUAAGAACCCAAGGUUACGUGCUAAAUCUGGUUUGAACUGGGUUUGUUUCGUUUUUCUUUCUUUCUUGUAAAACAUUUACUGCAAGUUCCAUUAUUGUUUUACUCAGUAAUCUCCCAAACUGUUUAAUUAUUGGUGAUAAGGACGUUUUCAUUUUGAAAUGUUCAAUUUUCUGUCUCGUUGUCUUCUGUUUGUCAAAGUGAAAAAGUUCCAUCAAGAUCCUCAAAACGUAUCAUUGUGCGGCUAUUGUAUGAUGGUUUUUGUGCAUAUCAUCGCAUUUCUUUUGCUGUCUCGAUAAUGUUUUUUGCUAAGAAAUCUGGGUUUUCGUCCACAGAGUACGCUGCAUUUUGUCAUCCCUUAUCUUGUCAAGAAAGCUUCGACUUCAUCUUCGGCAAUCUUGAGGCAUAUUGCCAAGGAGUUGAAGAUGAACAGACGAGAGAUGCUGCUAGAGAAUUUUAAGUUCAUAUUUUCAUUUCUUGUGAGACACAUGCCAUAGUGAAUGCCUCCAUAUUCACCCCGUACCUACAACUUUUAGCACCCGAUGUGGGCUCUUCCAUCAAAUGUGCUUUCGUCAAGAGUAUGAAAAGAAUUUUUACUCACAUGACAUUUACUGCCGACUCUGCAGCUCAUAGUUCCAUUGUUAGUGCAACAUGUUUUGAUCUUAUCGAGGACCCGGAGUUUGAGGUCAGGAUGGCGUUUAGGUGAGAAGUGUUAGAAACGAAGUACGAAAUGGCUUUAAACAUUUGCGAAAUUUUUCCAGAAGAUUGGUUGUAUUGGUAGUAAGUGUGAGGUACGCAUUUUGUGCCACUCCCAUCCUCAUUACAAACGUCUGUAAAACCUUGCAACAUAGCGGGAAUAUAUCUUCAUUUCAAUAAAAAAAAAUGUCUCUCUCAUACUUGGCAGCUUUACCGAUUUUGAGGCGCUCUUUCCAGUAGUGUCAAUGGAUUUACAAAAGUUUAAAAGAGCGUGGAAGGCCUAUACGUCGAAAUUGGUCGUAUUUACUCAUGUGGGGAGUUGCUAAGAAAGUUGUAUGAGGACUAGACUAAAGGAAAGGCAACCUCUUUGUUCCCUUUUGAAAUAGAGUAUGCUCUUCAAAUUUAUAUUGUUAUCCUCAAAUACUAGAAGCCGCGUUUUCUUUUGAUGCAAAUGACGAUUUUUGAAAAUUCCACUUAGUAAAUAUAUAUUGUUUGCUCUUUGUACAGCACUGUAGCUCCUUAUAUAGUCAAGCCCGCAGGAUCAGAUUCAAACAAUAACAUGCAAAAAACUGUCAUUUCCAAGUUAAAGAAAGUGUUUGUUAAGGCCUCAUCGCAAGGAAACUGCAGCCUGCAGGAAACAGUUGUGUUAACAAUAGGACAAUUGGGAAGAAUUGCUGAGGGAGAAUUGCUAUUGGUUGUGAUUGUCAGCUUGCUGGAAAGUUUAACUGCGCACUCGCAACUCAUAAGGGCUGUUGCCUUCAAACAGGUAUGGCAAAGCCCGGAUGUUAUGACAUUUAUAUAAUAAUCUGACACAAUAGCAGUGUCGCCAAGUAGUUAAGGUUAGCUCUGGAAAUUGGUUAACUGCUAGCAAAACGAUUUACUUGCGCCCCCUCGCCAACUGCAGAACUUCAAUUAUAAGGCGGUUAUCGGAGAUUGUCUGACCAAACUUGGCCCAUGUCUGAAGAAAUCUUAACUGUGAUCGGAGAUGUUGUCUAGCCAAAGUUCAUAGUAAGUUUACGCAACAGGACGGCAGAAAGAAGAGGACGAAAAAACGUCUGUGUGUGACAUUCAAACGUGACACUUGGCGGUACUGAAUUAAGGUCCUUUACAAAAGAUCUGUUGAAAGGAAGGUGAAGUUUGGUGGAAAAUGUUUUUAAACGUAAUUUUUGUCACGCUUGUCGCAUAAGGUUUGCCGUCUUCUUUCGUCUGCCGUCCUAAUGCCUGUCAUAAAUUUUAAUACCAAGGACUAUUAUAUUGCGGAUGAGUACAAUCUACCUUGGGCACGUCAAUUAUCGUACGAACGAUACAGCAUGCAUUGCUUCGGUGAAGUUAUGGCAGUAACAUUAGCAAAAGUGGUUUGUACAAGUAUGUUUUCCCUAAAGAGGACCGACUGUUUUGUAUUUUAGGUCCAAGAGGUGGCUAAGUUCCAGAGGAAGACAUUGAAGGAUUUGUUCUCGAGAUUCAAGCAGCAGAUAUGCAAUUUUGUCGUAGACGCAGUUGAUGAUACACAGAGACAGAACCCUACUUCUAAAGUUUCCUUGGAUAUUGUGUCAGAGGUUGCCGUUGUGUUUGAAUUUAGGGAUUUUCAGUCGUUUUUGAAGGUAGAAAAUUACUUUCUUUCUGACGUUGUGAUAACUGAGUCCCAAUGACCACAGGAUACCCAGAUUCACAACAACCUACGGGAAGCCAAAUUAUACCUACUAAGUGAGAAACCCGCAAAGCAUUAAAACUUGCUAAAAUGGCUUUUAUAGGGCAGGAAAUAGUAAGAAAACAACACAGACACAACUCUUUUUGAGGUAUGUAUACUUUAAUAGCUGUUUAUGUCCAUUGCAACCGUUUUAUCGAUCUUACGAUAAAUUCCAAUACAAAUCCUUAUAAUGUGGCUGCCAUUAGGCUGUGGUGAAUCUGGGUACCCUGUGCAAUGACCCGUAGGGGUACUUUUCAUUUACAUGGAAAAACCGGAAAGUCCCGUUUGAAAAAUCAGUUGGCUCGCGCCGUUUCGUUUGGGAAGAUUGAGAAUUAGGGGGCAGUGAUUUGAGGCAAUGCAAUUUUCCGCUCUUCGAAGUCUGUUCAGCUGAUUUAUAUAUAUUUAUAGCAGGCCGUUUUGCCAACUGGUCAAAUUUUAUAGUUGUGUGUUUAAUGAAAAGAGCACAAGAUAUAUUUCCACGAGUGUCGUAAUGGUAAGAACCCAAGGUUACGUGCUAAAUCUGGUUUGAACUGGGUUUGUUUCGUUUUUCUUUCUUUCUUGUAAAACAUUUACUGCAAGUUCCAUUAUUGUUUUACUCAGUAAUCUCCCAAACUGUUUAAUUAUUGGUGAUAAGGACGUUUUCAUUUUGAAAUGUUCAAUUUUCUGUCUCGUUGUCUUCUGUUUGUCAAAGUGAAAAAGUUCCAUCAAGAUCCUCAAAACGUAUCAUUGUGCGGCUAUUGUAUGAUGGUUUUUGUGCAUAUCAUCGCAUUUCUUUUGCUGUCUCGAUAAUGUUUUUUGCUAAGAAAUCUGGGUUUUCGUCCACAGAGUACGCUGCAUUUUGUCAUCCCUUAUCUUGUCAAGAAAGCUUCGACUUCAUCUUCGGCAAUCUUGAGGCAUAUUGCCAAGGAGUUGAAGAUGAACAGACGAGAGAUGCUGCUAGAGAAUUUUAAGUUCAUAUUUUCAUUUCUUGUGAGGACUUGUUCACCCCCCGAGCUGGAGAAAGCUCUUGGAUACGUGCAGGUACGCAUUAAUUUUAUCUCUACCGUUUACUACUCUGAAAAACGUAUAGUAUACUCUGAAAAACGUAUAGUACUACAUUCGCACGUUACCCGGACUCCGUUCUAAAGAUAGGAGAAAUCAAAUGAUAAGAAUUUGCUGAGCGAUCAGUGUGAUAGGUGCCUGGUUCCAUUGGCGUAGGAGCUCAUGGCUGGAAGGCGCGGGCUUACCAGCCAUGGGGGCGUAAGUCUAUCUAGGGGCUGGCUUUGCCAAAAGUGGAAGCUCCCGUCCGGACAGCUCGGGCACCCACCUCCACUAAGCGACGCAGUUGUGAACUCUGUGUACUCCUGUGUGUACACGUUUUGCUGUUUGGUAGGGAAAGGUAUGGUUUAGAGAUGAUAAUUAUCAUUGCGUUUCAGAAAGAGACAGAUGUGGAACUUGGAAGCUUACUACGAUCUGAAGCUCUAAGUGUUUACAAUCAGUUAUUGCUGUACUUGAGUGUCAGCUAUGACAAAGUAUUUAGUGGACUGGCAAUGCUGGCUUUAAAGGAUGACACAUACACUGGGCCUAAAGAUCUCAAAACCACUCAACAUCUGGUGAGCUGUUAUAAACGCAACUUUUGCGGUUGCCAAAAGAAAGCCUGAAAAGAAAGGUUGUCUGGAUUCAGACCCGGACCUGUGCGAUACUGGUGCAGCGCUCAACUAAUAGAGCCAUGGCUUGUUAUAAUCUCAUAGAAGGAUGGCAAAAAAAAAAGGACAAAAAAAAAAGGGAAUAUAUGAUCUCAUAUAUAGAAAGUGCGGUGUGAAAAAUUAAAUGAAAGAAGUUAAUCGUAUUCAUAGACGCAACGUUUGCAGUUGCAAAAAGAAAGCCUAAAAAAAUUCAGUUUUUUAUUCUUUUCCUUCUUUUUUUUUUUACAGCCAUUUCCGCUGGUUUAUCUUGAGAUUUGCCAGAACAUCUUUUCUAUAUUUCUUCUAAUUUUUUGUUUAACCAUACAACAACCAUUAAUAUUGAAGGAUUGGAAAAAAAAUGUUCAAAGAGCUGUGAAGACUAGGGUAAUUUAUUUUAGCAUUGAGAUGUUUUGGGCAAAGAUUGAAAAGCAUUUAGUCUCAUUUGUGUAAUCGGUGUCAUAAAUUGUUUUCUGUCGUUGAAAUUGUGAAUGUUUUGCGCAGGCCACUCCUUACAUUAUAAUUCCCUGGAUUGUUCAAAGCUGGAUUAAGAUAAGGCAGGGUUAGUGCAAAAUUUGAAGUUCAGAUAUGAAAGCUUAAAAAGCAAAUUCAAAUUAAUCCUUUUUGUCUACAAUUUGUUCAUUGAAUGCUCAGCAAAGAAUUACAGAAAAUUAUCCAAGAAUAUGCGUUUGAGCAAGAGAAAAAGAAACCCAGAUUAAAAUUUAACAACAGGUUAGCACUAAUCGGUCUUUGAACAGCUGGGCCCAGGGGUUUGAAUGUUAUCUCUUGUGCUUACAGGCCAAUUUCCUUCAAUCAAGACUGCUUGGCAUCCUUGCCUUCUACAACACUGUGCUUCUUACCAACACUGACUUGGAAGAAAAGAAAUUAGCUCUAGAAAGUCUUACUAAGCUGAUGCAGAUCAUGGGUCCAAAGUACAUCACCACUGUGCGUGUGAAAAUCAUGGGCAUUCUUCGACUCUGCCUCAGAUUCCAGGACAAGGGAUUUCCCGAGUUGACAUGUGAUGCUUGGGAAAGCUUUGUGCGAAAUGUCAAGCUUUCAAAUCUAGGACCUAUGUUGAGUCAAAUUGUCGUCACCCUUUUGCCCUACCUGAACAAACUUCCAGCCAGAGUAACCCAGAUAUUUCAUUUUCUGAUUGUUGAAAACAAGACUUUCUUGCAAGAUUAUUUUCAUGAGAUAUAUUUCCUACCCGAUAUUCCCGAGCUUCGUAGAGUAAGUGCUGUGCUAAGAUCGUGCAGUGGAAAGUCUUCCAGGAACAUGGAUUUGCAAGCCCAGCUUCGACAGUCUCUCAAAGGUGUUGGUAAUGAAAGUGCAGAUGUCCAGAAACACGCGUUAACAAAACUAAAGCAAUUACUUCAUGAUAACCAGGUAUUUAAAAUAGGAUAUCCAGUUCAGUCCGCUUGUAUGUGUUAUGUUUAUGUAAUAUAAACUACAAAAAUUGGCACAUAAAGACGAGUAAUGAACCAAUUAAAAGGCAAAAGUUGUAAUGAGGACUCAGAAUGACGUUUACAAAAAAACGGCAAACGUCAUUUUGUUCCACGUGACCAAGUUUUCCCGUUAUUGGUCGUCGACCGUUCAUUAUAUGUACACAAAAAUAAUCNAAUCCGAGCGAGACCCCUCUUUCUUUAUUAAAAUAAUUGUCAGACACCCCCUACCCCAAAAAAAGCCCCCCCCCCCCCCCCCCCCCCUUUUUUUUUGGAGAGGGCGAGGGGGGGGGGGGGGGGGGGGGGGGAGGCAUAUUAAAACCAAAUGGACCCAAAUAAGGUACAGUGUCUCAAGGAUUAUUUUUAGCAACUAGUUGCAGUUUCAUCCAUAGAAGCUCAAGUCCUACUUUGAGAAACUGCCGAAUUAGAUCGGAUAUUUGUGGUUUGCCUCAAACGUGAUGGAAAACUUCUCCACUAUGUUUUGGGUCACUUGUGCAGUGUUUGUAAAUUGCCGGUCGAUUGGCUGUAAUUAUAUUUCGGUAAGUUUAUUUUUAUUUCGGGACUUGUACCAAAUCAACGCCAGAAAUGUUCAAACGCUGUUUAAUUCAACUGCAUCACAAGCUUUCAGCUCGAUCAUUCCUGUGUUUACUUGGCUGAACUGAUCUUCCAUAUAGAGAUCUUCUUUUUCUGAGAAAUUUACUGCUCUCCUGUUGACACGACGACUGGGGCAUAAUUUCCUCAGCGAAGCUGAAUUAUAUUUUCGGUGGAAAGUGUUUGUUAGUGGAUUCUAAAGACAGGGUAGUUUAAUUUCAAUGAUAUAUUGACUUGUUGUACGUAAACGAAUUUCUGGAUAUUUCUUUUUUUGUUCUCAGGCAACCCUGCAUGGUUAUGUCCUUAGCAAUGAAACGGUUGACCCUAUUAUACCGCAACUUAUAAGCGUGGUAAGUCUUGCUUGCUUAUUUUUGUUUUGCUGUACCCUGCCAGAAGAGCCUUUUUUUUAAACUUACUCGAUUUUGGCGCUCUGGAGAAAGACUCUGCAUAAUUCGAUUAAGUUAUUUGAUGAGCUGCGCUGUAUGUCGCUAGGAUACCGUUUCCCAGGACUACUAGAGAGCUUUAGAUUCUGAGACGAGGGCGACUACGAGUGCGAGAUUUUCCCAAUACUAAGUAUUGCUCACGCGUAAAACAGUGUCAUUUUAGCGGAAAAAGUAGGUUUAGCCGUCGUCAUUGUACUACGAGUUUUAGCCAGAAUGUCGCAGUGGCGGGAACAAUUUAUCAAAUGUAAGAAGUUUUAUCUUUUUGCUGUAGGGAGAGGGUUUAACCUGUCCUUCAAUAUAAAUAACCGUACUAACUUUUUUGGUGAAAUUUUUUAGAACACUUACAAAAACUAUAAGUUAAAUCUCGUACUCGUACUCGUUCUCGUAAUUGGUUUGUUAAAAUGCGUCAUCUCAGAAAGUGGUUGUCUUUCGAUUGUUAGUAGAGAGCUUUAGAUUUAAGGACGAAAACGAGUACGAGUACGAGAUUAAACUUAAAAUUUUUGCGCGUGUUCUAAAAAGAAUACACCCCGGAAAGCUUCAUUUUACUAUUUUUCACUAGAAAGGUUAGUACGGUUAUUUAUACUGAAGGAGGUUAAGCCCUCUCCUGAUCGAAAAAUAAUAAAACUUCUUACAUUUGAUAACUUGUUACCGCCACUACUACAUUCUCGCUAAAACUCUUAGUAGAAUGACGACGGCUAUCCCGUGUUCCCGCCAAAAUGACCCUGGUUCUCGCGCAAGCACUAGUUGGUAUUGAGAAAAUCUCGUACUCUUAGUCCGUUCUCGUCCUCAAAUCUAAAGCUCUCUAGUUAUUUUCUUUGAAUAUUUGUUGCUUUCCAUAGUUAAUGUCCAGCUGUCAUAAAAAUGAUUCUGAAGCCAAGGUUCUCGUCGCUGAAUGUCUUGGAGAACUGGGUGCAGUUGAUCCUGGCAGGUGAGUCUUGCGUCAUGCGCUUUUAUUUUUAUUUACCACUGCAGUCAUUGUAUUGAAGUUGUUCGCUUUCUGGAGGGAGAGGAAAUUCAUAGGAUAAAUGGUUAAAUGAAGUUAAAUGAAAUUUUUACGCAGUUGACAACUAGGAGCGCAGGCGCGUGUUGUAGGUCAGCGGUCAGUAGGUGUCUCAAGCGCGGUAAGCCUUGCUUGCAUCAGCUCCAUGAGCUAAGAACAGCGUUUUCUGGCGGUCUCUCUCUUCAUUUAGCUUUUGGAUCAUUCUUUUACCCCCACCCCUCCCUCCUAUAUCUUUCCACUGAUAAAUCAGUGUGAUAAGUGCCUGGUGCCACUGCCUUGGGGGUUCGUGGCUGGAAGACACGGUUUAUCAGCCAUGGGGGCGUAACUCUGUCUCAUUAGGGGCUGGCUUUGCCAAAAGUGGAAGCCCCUGUACAUCCCUAGCACCCACCUCCACUAAGCAACGCAGUUAUUAACGUGAGGAUUGAGUUCCUCCAGUCUUCCAAAUUUGUGGUCCCAGUUCUACCAAGUGUUUUAUUAUUCCCUGUAUUGUUUUUGUUUCAUAUCGCAGCACUAAAUGUGUCUUAGUUUGAGUGUGAUUUCCAGCUUGCUUUGUUUUCUAAUUCGUGUUUUAAGUUGAGUUUAAGCAAGUUUGAGUUUGAGUUCGAAUUUGAGGUCGAGUGGGCGCUUUAGCGUGAUUGAAUUUCAGUUUGGGUUUGAUUUCUAAUAGGGGACCUUGCGUUGAAGUUUAAGUUUGAGUGGUUUGAUUUCGAGUUUAAGUUUCAAGUGGAGCUGGUAUUGGCGUUCGAGCUCGAGUCUUAGUUUCACACUGAGUUUGAGUUAGCAGCUGAAUAAUCAUAUUGCAUCUUGUUGAGUUUGCUCAGUGCGAAGUGCUUGUACACGUGGCUGGGUAAAAAAAAAAUCAUCAUCGAAAAAAACUGCUUGGCUACUUGGCCGACUUGGCUGACUUCUUGGCCGCAGGAAUUAAAAGCGGUGCUUCAGCGUAUGGUCAGUGAUACUUAAACUCGAAACGUUUCAACAUCUGAUUUUGGGUCUGGUUUACUAAUCACUGGGCCUCAUUGUCCUCUUAUAGGUUGGAUAAGUUGACACAUGAUCCAGUGGAUGAACAAGCUGUUUUUGAGGUAACACUGUCUACAGAACAAGUAGCUAAAUGUUGUUUGUGGGUCACAAUGUUAGGCAAGCAAGACGUCGGAUGACUUAAGAUGGUGAUUUGUUGUCUGUUGCUAAUAAUGUGCAUUUUAUUGAUAUUGUUGUGGUUCUACUGAUUGUAGAGUGGAUGUGACGACACGGACUUUGCUGUGGAGCUUAUAAAUCAGCUUGUUCAAGCAUUUCUUGCUGCCCAUGAUACAAGAGCACAGGUAUUGCAGUCAGACUUAUGUUCUCUCAAAAAGAAAGUUUAUUUCCUCGCUUUAUGAAAGAAAAAUCCCAAACACGUCCUUUAUAAUUGGUCUCUUGUCCUCUAGAAUGGCUAUUAAUUUCUAGAGAAGGUGUGUUUGAUGGCAGGAAAUAAAGGGCUGUCUCCAUGGAACAUACGUAUCCCCAAUCCUACGUGGUUAGUGUGGUUUUAGACUCACAAUUGAAGACGUACCUGUAUCAGUAAGGAGUUUUCAGUCCCGUUAAUGUUUGGGGCAGACUAAACAUGUCGCUGAUGUUUGUUUGUUUGUUUGUUUUUAAGGUUAUUUAAAUUAGGUUACAAACAACGAACAGUCACUUACACCUAAAAACUUCAAAGACAUAUAGUUUUCUUUGCCUUCACGUUUUGAUUGUUUAUGAUCAGCUUUUAUGUUUUAUGUGUUCAGUUCAGUUAUUUCAAGGGCUCUUGAUUUUUUUUUUUCACUUUUUAGGACUGUUCAGCUUAUGCCAUCCAAGAAGUACUCCUCACAUACGAGUGCAGUGAAUCCAAGAAAGAUGGGUAUGUAGGGUGCAAAGAAAGUCAGUUUUACAGCUUGCC